GGUGUCUUAAGUUCUGAAUUGAAUCUUUUGAGUUCUCGACCUAAGUGAUUAUGAAUCUGUUAUUUUCAAAAUAAUAGUGUUAAAUAUGAUUAUACUUCACGAUUUCAGUUUUCACUGUCUUACUACCAAAAUUCAUUUGCCGUUUCGACACAUUUGCGUCUCUUCUCUCAUGUAGCUUCCCAUGACUUCGUCCUGCCGCGUGAAGCACGCGACAGUUGACACAUUCUAUUCCCUUCUUUUGCGCUGCUGAUGGAAUAAAUAUUUCCUUUUGGACUCUGCUGCUUCCAUAGCCCUGGAUAUGUCACAUCAGCUGAUCAAUUGUUAUUUAGGUUAUAAAGCAAUUUAUUUAUUCGAUUACAUAUUAAUUAUAUUUCCUCUACAGGUAUAGGAAGCAUUCAUAGUAAGCAUGCUAGCAGGAACUUUCGAGGAACCACCUGCACCACAAAUUGCUUCCCCCAGAAACACCUGCAUUACAGUUGCGUCGCAGAGAUUAAAACUUUCAUCAUCUCUUCCGAGAGAGUGCACGUUUGUGUACCGAAAAAGAAGAGCUCUUGUUCUCAACCUCAAUUGAGUGGAUUCGAUCAUGGAUGCAAUCCCAUCUGCUGCGGUGUCCGCUGCUGAGGAGGAGGUCAGGCUCAGGCUGCUCUCCUCUUUCAGCGAAGAUUGUCGGAGGCUGGAGACGACACUGACGAAGAGCCGGAUCCUGAUCGACAGGGCUGAGCGAUGGAGCUUCAAGGAUGCAAGGCUUGCCCAGCACCUCACACAGCUCAAGGAUGCCGCUUACGAUGCAGAAGACUUCCUCAACGACAUCGACUAUCAGGAUCAGCAGAAAAAGAUCCAGGCCCAGCAAAGCCAGGCAAGUCAAUUCCUUCAUAAUUCUCUUAACUAUUUACGUAAUCUGAUGAACGGUGCUGCAAAGACCAUGAAAACUAUCCACAGGAGGUUGGAUACGAUUGCUGCUGAUUUAGAAGGACUUAUGGGCCAACUCGGUUUACAUGGCGAUUAUAGUAUGCCGGCGAACCGACAGAUGGGCUGCUUAGUCAACGAACCAAUAGUGUAUGGUCGAGACGAGGAACGGGAGAAGGUGAUCGAGUUGUUGGGCGUUCCACGCGGGCAAAGCAAUAAUGAAAAUGACAGCGUAAGUGUAUCUGUCCCUACUAAGAGAAGAAAGAAAGAAAAUGUGUCUGUUCUUUCCAUUUAUGGCAUGGGAGGGGUCGGCAAGACUACUCUAGCACAGGUUGUCUACAAUGAUGAGAGGGUGGUGAAGGACUUUAACCUGAAAAUUUGGAUUUGUGUUUCUGACAACUUCGAUGUGAACAGCUUAAGUAAAGAGAUCAUAGAUAAUGCUGGGAAGGGGUAUGAGACUGAUCAUAUGAAUUUAAGUUCUCUUCAAGAGACUCUAAAGAAGAUAGUGAUGGCACAUUGCUUCUUGCUUAUCCUUGAUGAUGUGUGGAAUGAGGAUAGUAGGGAGUGGCAAAAAUUUUAUGCGCCUUUGAGCUAUGGGCAAGAAGGAAGUAUGAUCCUGGUGACAACUCGGACUUUGAAGGUUGCCAACAUAGCAGGAACAAUGGACCCCAUCUUCCUGGAGGGUUUAUCAGGUAAUGUUUAUUGGGAUUUCUUCAAGUCAUGCGCAUUUCGCUGUGAGAACCCUGAAGACUAUCCGGAGUUAGAAAAAAUAGGAAUAGACAUUGCUGCUAAGUUGAAGGGAUCUCCAUUAGCUGCAAAAACUCUGGGAGGCCUGUUGAAUGAGGACAUGGGUGCCGAACAUUGGACUACGAUUUUGAACAGUGAAUUAUGGGAACUACCGCAGAAGGAAGGCGACAUUCUUCCGGCCCUUCGAUUGAGCUAUUUGUAUCUUCUGCCACAUCUGAAGCGAUGCUUCUCAUUUUGUUCAAUAUUCCCAAAAGAUUAUGAGUUCGAUAAAAGUGAUCUAACUAGUAUUUGGGUAGCAGAGGGCUUUGUUAUACCUCAAGGAAACAUGCUACUAGAAGACAUAGCGACCAUGUACUUGCGCGACUUAACAAGCAGGUGCUUCCUUCAGCAAUCUCAUAGGGAUCCUCUAAACUGUGUAAUGCAUGAUUUGAUACACGAUCUAGCGCAAUUUGUUUCGGUAGAUGAAUGUUCAAGGAUAGAUAAAGGUAGAGGACAAAUUAGAAUCCCUAAAACUGUUCGACAUUUGUCGAUAUGCUGUACAAGUUUAGAAGAAAAGAAGUUAAUGGAGUUAGCGAGCUACGACAAACUGCGCUCGAUUAUAAUACUUUCUAAAUUUCGGCGUGGAUUAGAUUCUGUAAUUGAUUGCUGGUUCCGCGGGCUCGCAAAUAUCCGUUGUUUAAAACUUAGCUUCUGUAAGAUAACAGAGCUUCCUGAGAGUAUUAGCAACUUAAAUCAUCUCCGAUACCUUGAUGUAUCUGGUACAAGUAUCAGAUCUUUACCCAAUUCAUUGUGUUACCUCAACAAUCUGCAAGUGUUGAACGUAACGAAGUGCCGGCUUGGGUGUUUUCCUCAAGGAUUUACUAGACUUCAAAACUUGCGGAAACUUUACCCUAGAGAAGCUAUAAUUUCCAAGAUAAGUGAGAUUGGGAAGCUAACUUCUCUUCAAUAUUUGCCUCAGUUUGAAGUCCAACAGGAUGAUCAACACAAAAUUGGAGAACUAAAGCAUAUGGCACAGCUUCAUGGAUGCUUGCAUAUUAAGAACCUUGAAAAUGUAGAGAGCAAGGAAGAUGCUUGUGAAGCUGAGCUGGACAAUAAGCCGUACCUUGAUGAACUGAUUUUAGAAUGGUCUCGGAGAACAAGCAAUUCUCACCAUGAUAUGGAGGUGCUUGAAGGCCUUCAGCCACACCAAAAGCUUAAACAGCUGGAAAUCAGACACUAUGGUGGUACGACAUCUCCCAGUUGGCUACGACCUCAAACAUUAACCUGCUUAAGUAAACUCCACAUUGAAGAAUGCAGAAAACUUACCGAAUUACCGUGCCUCCCUCCUUCCCUUACGUCACUGGUGCUAGUAAAUGUUGGCCUGAAUUCACUUCCUAGAUUGUGGGAUGACCGCCAAGAUUCAACCAACGAAAGCAGCAGCAGCAGCAGCAGCAGCAGCAGCAGCAGCCACAGCAACAGGAGUUCUUCGCUAUGUAACUUACACAUUUCACGAUGCUUCAGCCUGACGAAUCUUGACGGGUGGCUGAUGCCACACUACUUGCCAUCCCUUGAGGCAUUCAGAGUCGAAUAUUGCAAAAAUUUGACUUCGCUUCCUCCUGACAACUUCAAGGAUUUUGUUUCUUUGAAGACAAUGAAAAUAAUAGCUUGUCCUAAGCUCACCUGCUGUAGGGAGCUGAUCUUACCCACCUCAAUUAAUGAGGUUGUUCUCCGUGACUGUGGUGAUUUGGAUCGAUCACUUCCUGGCUGCCUACAGAACCUUAAAUCUCUCACCCGUUUGGUGAUACAUCGUAGUCCAUACAUAACAUCCCUGCCGGAGCAAGUGAUGUGUCAACUCAAAUCACUUGAGAGUCUGUCUAUUGUGAAAUGUGAAGAGCUUAGCUCUUUAGGAGGAUUAGGUGUUCUUGCAUCUCUCAAAGAUAUCAGCAUUCGCUACUGUCCCAAACUUGCAGAUUCUGAGCCACCGAUGUUUGACUUCACCGAUGAAGUACAGAGGGCGGAGAUCUGUUUGUGCAUUGAUAGGACAACUCUUCUGAAGUUGCAAUCUUUGAGGAAUCUGGUACCCUUCAUUAGAGAACUCGAGAUGUUCUGUUCUUCAGAACCAGAAAUGUUUGUUGGAGAGGACAGAGAACUGUUGUGGUGGUUUAAGUCACUUAAACAUCUACGAUUUUCGUAUUGUGACAAACUUAAUUCGCUACCGACUGAGUUGCAUAGAUUGACUUCGCUUCAAAAGCUAUCCAUCCAAAACUGCUCUAAGAUCCACUUCUUGCCAGAGAAUGGCCUACCCCCCUCAUUGACGAAGUUAGACUUCCACGGUUGCAAUGAGGAGUUCACGCGACAGUUGAAGAUGUAUAAAUCGCUGAAGAACCUUUAACUGUCUAGAUUUUCAUGGCUUUUCAACAGGAAAGCCUAUAAGUUUUCAGAUUCCUAAAGUGACCAGCGAAGGAAGGUACCUGAGGAAGCAGAGGAAGAAGAUGAUGAUGAGGAGAGAGUCGAGUGACCGGCCAUUUUGGGGGAUCCACAAGCUUGAUUUCAACCAACAACCAUUUUUGAUUAAUAAUUGGGAGUCCAAUUCGUGAAAGUAAUUUUGCUGGGUAUUAUCAUAUUACGAUCAGGAAUGUUUCUACCAAAUUCACGAUUAUUUUAUAAAGAGUUUUUAUGAUGGUUUUAAUUAAACCUCUUAUAGUUCUAUCAGAAUACAAUAUGAUAAGACAUUUUAUGAUUUGUAUGAUUUGAUGACUCGAAAAGUAAGUUGCAAGCCGUAUAUUUGUAGGGCGAGGAUCCGUCAUGAAUUGUAAUUUAUACUAGUUUUUUUUUUUUUUUUUUUUUUUUU